UCAUUGGUCAAGGUUUUACCUCGGUCUGACGAAAUACAAUAUUUUGAGUCCAAUGGACCAAUCACCAUGGGUUCUUAUAUCUCGUAUACGUAUCCUGACUUUGAAGAUCGAGAAUCGCUGGACUUGAGGUGGUGCCAGAUUCUUUCGAACGCACCGAUAGAUAUUGCACGACUUAUCCUGGAAUACGCUGCCCAGAAUGACAGAGCCACUGCCGCGUCGAUUUCAUUAGUAUCUAAGGAAGUCAACGCAUGGGUCACACCUAUCCUGUUCCGAACAGUGGAAUUUCGCAGUUGUGCACACAUAGAGAGAGCUGAAGAAGGAUAUGCGUCGCUGAGACAUACUAGAACUCUUGUUCUACUAGACACCGAACAAUACCUGGAAAAUGGGCUUUACACUUUCAGGAUCCCUGAUCCUGAACUCCUGUACAAUUCCUGCCCUGAUCUUUGCGAACUGCAUAUCUCGGAAAACACUGUUCGUGGAAUACAUGGCUAUACAUUAUUCAAAAAGUUACACCGGCUGAUUGUCCGUGGACGUACCUUCCUUCGACCUGGGGAAUUCGUCUUCGUUCCUCUGUACCCUUCCCUGACCCAUCUCGCCUUUAUUCACGAUAUCCCGCGAAAUUUUACCAAAGACGCCGCCAAGGCUCUCCCUAAUUUGACCCAUUUCGCCUGCUCGUACCGUGUUCACGGAACAAAUAGCGAAACUCCGACUCCUGAAACAUCAGAUAUGCUUGCAGACCAACUUGCGCUCCUGCUUGACAAUAUCCUUCGAGUUCCAGUACUCCGCGUUAUUAUUAUUCUGGUUCAGGACUUCUCUCAGAAAUAUGCAGGAGCACCGAUCUCAAACGAUAUGCGGGAAGCGCAUAUCCACAGAUUACUGGAACGAGUUCCUCAAAGAAAUGCGGAAAAGGUAGCGUUGUUUUACUUGACUUCCAUAGAAAAUAGACAACACCAGGAUAUGCCAGAUCCUGAGAUGUGGGACGUUUCCUCUAACCGAUCGUUCUGGGGAAGAGCAGAGAAGAUUGUAGAUUUAAAAAGAGCAGUAAUGGUAGCCACGUGAUAUAUAAUUAAUUAAAACGAAACUGACAGCGGCUCACAAAUAUCUUAUCGAGAAAACCUGUUCUAUGUAUGCCCCCUUGGUCUAUCAACAUACAGCACUCAGCCUUUCUUCUUUAUUUUUUUUCAUACGAUGUCCUGUAUCAAGACUUCGUACUAAAUUAUUGCCGUUCCACGAAGAGAUAUCAAUGGAGUUGAUAGACAAAACCAUCCUGUCUCAACCAGGAACGAAAGAAAUCGAACCGGAAAAACCAUGAAGAUUACUACGAAGAUAUUAGGAUGGUGUUAAGGUACCCG